CAAGGGUAAUUAUAACGAUUUAGACUACAUGAAACAGAACUGUUUUUCGUUUACUGCAACAAUGAGAAUCUUUGUUUUUUAUAUUCUGUUUCUCAAAUUUAAGAAUUGCUUCAACGAGACUUUAAAUGGUGGAUAUUUCCAACAAAAUAAGAAAAUGGGUUCUCGUAUUAUCUUAACUCGCGACAAUAUUGGCCCAAAGAUGUGCAUUCGAGAAUGUUUAAGGAUAAACAUUUGCAAAGGUAUAAACAUUCACAAAGAUUCGCUUCAAUGUGAGCUAUUAUCUGAUUCGAACUUAAACAGUCAGUUGGUUAGUGCCCAAGGAUAUAGCUAUUCAAACAUUACAGACUGGAAAAUGGCGACUGAUUGUUGCUGGCCAAGUAAUCCCUGCCCAGAGAAAACAAGGUGUGUUCCGUCAAAGUCAAAUGCUCAUGUUUGCCUAAAGUAUGAUACAUCAAAUGAAAUAUUUGUGGAAAUCAUUACUUCACCAGGUUUCCCAGAUGUGUAUGAUUACAAUCUGAAUGAGACUUGGAAGAUUGAGGUCGGAGUUGGUAACCGAUUCGCCUUAGAGUUUACAUAUUUUGACGUUGAAAAAGGCUACGACUUUGUUAAAGUUUUCGAUUGUGGCACCAAUAUACAGAAACCGUUAGGAAGCUUCACUGGUAAAGAGUUACCAAAGAAAAUUCAGACGACCAGCAAUUGUAUUGUAAUUAUUUUAACAACGGAUGACAUAGUCAACACAUUCGGAUUCAGUGCAAAUGUGUACAAGAUUAUAUCAUAAGAGCAAAAUAUGUAUCAGUGAUAUCAACAUAUGUUUUUUAAAAACAAACUGUACUGAACUUUUAUUAUUUGAAGUCGUGUUGUGCCUUAAACAUUUCUAUAUUAGUCUGAACUCAGAUUACAUUUUGCAAUGUAAAUGGUGCUUUAGUCAGUGUUUACA